AUGGCGCAGUCAUUUCGAUACACGAUCGACCCUCCGGGACACGAUCCACUGUUGAAACCCCCGCAAAGGAACAACCACACCCCAAGUCGAUCAAGAUCGACAACCUACCUGGCGCGUAGCCUGAAGAGUAUCCACGCUACGCCACCCCAACCAUCCCGCGUCCCGCCAAGACGAGACCAACCCAGGCCAAGCCUCUCAUCGAGUCCACCAGAGGAGUGUAGCAAGAUCACAUCGGCCUCAUCUAUUGGGGUCAAGCGAGGAACAAGUGAUGUCGCGUCCGUGGAGAGACCAGAUGGCCGCAAAGCAGCAAAGGCGGCUAACGCCAAAUCUAAGGGGAAUCAACGAAGCACUGCAGUCCAUUCGAUUGGGGGUGAAGAUCAUCUCAGUUACAACAAAGCGAAGAGCUGGAAACACCUGAGCGUGCGUUCAAUGCACCACACGUGGCAGGACUAA